UGAGCUGUAGAGGUGACCUCGGGGCUGCCGGACAACACCGCUCGUUUCAGCCAUGGGUGAAGCCAUCCGAGUGCUGGUGACAGGAGCUGCUGGGCAGAUCGCCUACUCCCUGCUCUACAGCAUUGCCAAGGGAGAUGUCUUCGGCAAGGACCAGCCUCUUAUUCUUGUGCUGCUGGAUAUCACCCCCAUGAUGACAGUGCUGGAGGGUGUAGUGAUGGAGCUGCAGGACUGUGCUCUUCCACUGCUGAGAGAGGUCGUUCCAACAGACAAGGAGGAAGUGGCGUUCAAAGACCUCGACGUAGCAAUUCUGGUUGGCUCCAUGCCCAGGAGAGAGGGCAUGGAGAGGAAGGAUUUACUCAAAGCAAAUGUGAAAAUUUUCAAGUCUCAGGGUGCAGCCUUGGACAAGUAUGCCAAAAAAACUGUCAAGGUUGUGGUAGUGGGGAACCCAGCAAAUACCAACUGCCUGAUUGCAUCCAAGUCAGCCCCCUCGAUACCAAAGGAGAACUUCAGCUGCUUAACUCGAUUGGAUCACAACAGAGCCAAAUCUCAGAUUGCUAUGAAGCUUGGUGUGACUGCUAAUGAUGUGAAGAAUGUCAUCAUCUGGGGCAACCACUCCUCCACCCAGUACCCAGAUGUUAACCAUGCAAAGGUAAACCUGAAAGGAAAGGAAGUUGGAGUUUAUGAAGCUAUAAAAGAUGACAGCUGGCUGAAGGGAGACUUUAUCCUGACUGUUCAGCAACGUGGAGCAGCUGUGAUCAAGGCUCGGAAGCUGUCCAGUGCCAUGUCAGCUGCUAAAGCUAUCUGUGAUCACGUCAGGGACAUCUGGUUUGGCACUCCUGCAGGGGAGUUUGUUUCCAUGGGAGUCAUUUCGGAUGGCAAUUCCUACGGUGUUCCUGAGGACCUGCUGUACUCGUUCCCUGUGGUGAUCAAGGACAAGACCUGGAAGUUUGUGGAGGGGCUUCCCAUUAAUGAUUUUUCUCGUGAGAAGAUGGAUCUGACUGCAAAGGAGCUGACUGAAGAGAAGGAGACUGCUGUGGAGUUCCUCUCGAGUGCAUGACUAUAUGAUGGAGACAGAAAAAAUCACUUGGGAGCAGCAGAGUCCAAAAGCCGUCUCUGAGUCUGCUACCGAGCAGUGCUGCUGCCCCAAGCCAGCUGCCCGUGGCCAUCCUACAUUUUCAAGUCAUUGCUUACUGGUACUGUCGUGCCUGUUGAGUUCUUAGCACAAAGGUUAUGCUAGAAGUAAGACUAGUUUGUUGACCAAACUCUGUUCAGUGCUAGUUGCUUUCUGUUGUAUGGUACAGGAUAAUUGUUUGCCUUGGCUCCUAACGCACAAUCUGAGGCACUGCUGAAACCCCUUCUAGUCUGUGAUCACUUCAGCAUUCUCUGGCUCAGCUGUGAAUGCAAUCAGAAUGCCAGUAGGUCUUCUCCAGCCAGGAGCUCAGUGACUCAGGUCCAUACUGUUCACUCUGGUUAUGCUCGCAGUGUUUGUCAAUAGCAAUAUUAAAAGAGGCUUAAUCACUUG